GUCUUCGAGAGCCGCUCCGAGGCCCCAAGGCCCAAGAAAGAGGGUGGCCUCUGCUUCUUUUCGAGCGACUGGGCCGACAUGCAGCUGCCGGCGACACACCGAUUCCCGAUCGACAAGUAUCGCAUGGCGAGGGAGGUGCUGGAGGAGGCCGGCAUUCCAGUGCUCGCAGGUCCUUUGGCCACCUUUGAGGAGGCUUCCUUGGCCCACACGGAAGGUUACGUUCGGAGCAUCUUCCGGGGCGACUGCACGGAUCAGAUGCGCCGACGUGUUGGCUUCAGGGAAGCCCCGAUGAAGGCCUAUGUGCUCCGGACGUUAGCGAGCCUUGGUGCGACUGUGGCUGCUACACGCCACUGCCUCAACCAUGGAGUUUGGAGUGGCGCCGUGUCUGGAGGCACGCAUCAUGCCUUUGCCGACUCCGGCGAGGGUUUCUGUGUAUUCAACGACAUUGCCGUGGCGGCCCGCCUUGCUCAACGCGAGUUUCAAGUGACUUCAGUCCUUGUCAUAGACCUUGAUGUGCAUCAGGGUAACGGAACCGCGGGAAUCUUCCAGGACGAUCCUUCCGUGUACACGGUGUCUGUGCAUCAGAAAAAAGGCUACCCCUUUUCGACACGCUGUGCCUCCGACAUGGAGAUAGACCUGCCUGACGGCUGCGACGACGAGGAGUUUCUCGAAGCUCUGAUGCCAAUCCGGGACCUGAUCGCUCAAAAAGGAGGGAGCCGCAGCCUCCUCAUCUACCAGGCCGGCGUGGACGGCCUGCAAGGGGAUCGCUUCGGACGCUGGGCGCUGACGCGCCGAGGCCUCCAAAAGCGGAACGCUUUCCUCUACUCCCUGGCUUCUGAGUGCCGGAUGCCCCUCCUUAUCACAAUGGGAGGCGGAUAUCACAAAGACAUCCGAGAGACUGUGCGCGCCAGUGCUGACGUGUACCUCCAAGCUGCCGCCUGGGAGCAGUGCUCG